UGCAGCUGUGUUUGGGACGGCACCGUAGGAGUUAAGGUGACUGUAGUGUUUCUCCCCCCUAGAACGGUCUGUGGGGAGGUUCAGGAAAGUGAAUUGCACCAGUGAUUUCUUCACUUCCUGGUCUUGGUUUUCCUAAAUUAGAGUGGAAAAUUUGGCUUCUGCAGGACUUUUGGCUUCUGCAGGAAAGAGUAGAGACACCAGAAGAGAAAUUACACCGAGUGGUGUAGGAAAUCUCCCGAAUAUUGAGGAUGCGGCUUGGUCUCCGUGCAGCGACUGUGGAAGAGGCACAUCUUACGAAUAAUCGACAGGUGGCCAUGCUGGAGGGGCAGGGACCACCAGUGUCUUUCGAGGACGUGGCUGUAUUCUUCACGGAAGAGGAAUGGGCUCUGUUGGAUCCGGACCAGAAAGCUCUCUACCAGGAAGUUAUGGAGGAAAAUUAUGAGAUGGUGGCUUCUUUGGGACUCUCAGUUCUCGGAUCAGGCCUCGUUUCCCAGGAACAUCGAAAGGAAGGAUGGUUCCUCCACGGCUCCGAGGAAGCCGCAAGCCAGGCCGAUGUCAGAGUCACAGCAGCAGGUGUGAGGGAAACCGAGAGUGAGGGAGAAACAGGUGGGGGAUCUUCAGGAAGAGACGAGUGCCUGCAGGUUGAAGCGGAAACUGAGAAUCGAGACAGAGCGAAGAAGCGACAGAAAAGGAAACCCAGUCUUAAGAGACCUGAGAGGAUCCAGACAGGAGAGAAACUAUAUAAACACACCAAAUGUGGAAAGAACAUAAAUAAAAGGAAGGACCUUCCUUCACACCAGAGGUGCCAUACAGGGGAUAAACGGUACACGUGCCUAGAGUGUGGUGAGAGCUUCAGCCAGAACAGAGAUUUUUUUGCUCAUCAAAGAGUGCACACAGGGGAGAAGCCCUAUAAAUGUCUUGAGUGCGGAAAGAGCUUUCGCAGGAACGACCACCUGAUUUCGCACCAAAGAGUGCACAGAGGGGAGAAGCCGUAUCGAUGCUUUGAGUGUGGGAAGUGCUUCUGCCGGAGCACAAGCCUUACUGCGCAUCAAAGGAUGCACACAGGUGAUAAACCGUAUCAGUGCUCGGAGUGUGGGAAGCGCUUCAGUCAGAAUGCUCACCUUUUUUCCCACAAAGGGAUCCACAAAGGGGAGAAACCAUAUAAAUGUUUGGAGUGUGGCAAAAGCUUCAUUCGGAGAGCACACCUUUCCUCACACCAAAGCAUCCAUACAGGGGAGAGACCAUAUAAAUGCCUCAAAUGCGGAAAGAGCUUCCGUCGGAGUGACCACCUGACCUCCCAUCAGAAAGUCCACGGAGAGACAGGGGUGAAGCCAUAUAGAUGCUUGGAGUGUGGGAAGAGCUUCUCUAAUAAUGCACAUCUUAUUUUACAUCAGAAAAUCCACACAGGGGAGAAGCCACACAGAUGCUUGGAGUGUGGGAAGAGCUUCAAGCGGAGAAGUGAUCUUACUGUACAUCAGAGAAUUCACAGUGGGGAGAAGCCUUACAAAUGCUUGGAGUGUGAGAAGAGCUUCUCUCAGAGUUCCAAUCUGAGUAAUCAUAAGAAAAUUCACACAGGGGAGAAGCCAUACAAAUGCUUAGAGUGUUGGAAGAGCUUUGGUCGGAAAGACAGUCUUGUUUUACAUCAGAGGAUUCACACAGGGGAGAAGCCAUAUAGAUGCUUGGAGUGUGGGAAGAGCUUCUCUAUUAAUGCCAAUCUUACUUUACAUCGGAAAAUUCACACAGGAGAGAAGCAACACAAAUGCUUGGAGUGUGGGAGGAGCUUCAGGCUGAGAGAACACCUUACUGCACAUCAGAGAGUUCACAGUGGGGAGAAGCCCUAUAAAUGCUUGGAAUGUUGGAAGAGCUUCAGUCGGAAGGAUAGUCUUACUGUACAUCAGAAAAUUCACACAGGAGAGAAGCCAUACAAAUGCUCAGAGUGUUGGAAGAGCUUCACUCGGAAGCACAGCCUUGCUGUACAUCAGAGGAUUCACACAGGGGAAAAGCCAUAUAAAUGCUUGGAGUGUGGGAAGAGCUUCAAUCGGAAUCACAUCCUUGCUGCACAUCAGAAAAUUCACACUGGAGACAAGCCAUACAAAUGCUUUGAGUGUGGGAAGAACUUCAGUUGUGACCGCAUCCUUGCUUCACAUCAAAAAACUCACACAGGGGAGAAGCCAUAUAAAUGCUUAGAAUGUGGAAAGAGUUUCAUAUGCAGUGGUCACCUUACUAUACAUCACAGAGUUCACACACUGGAAAAACCAUAUGAGUGUUCUGUUUGUAGCAAGAGGUUUUCUAAUAAAUCCUCUCUUAUUCAACAUCAGAGGGUGCACACGGGGGAAAAGCCUUACAGAUGCCCAUACUGCAACAAGUGCUUUGCUGAUGGAUCAGGCCUUAUUUAUCAUAAGAGAGUGCACACAAAGGAGAAGCCUUAUAAAUGCUUGGAGUGUGGGAAGAGCUUCAGUGGAAGAAACAGCCUUGCUACACAUAAAAACAUUCACAAACAGGAGAAACCAUACAAAUGCUCAGAUUGUAGCAGAAGCUUUUCUUGUAAAUCAUACCUGAGAGCUCAUCACAGAGUUCACACAGGGGAAAAGCCAUUUACAUGCUCAGAUUGUAGCAGGAGCUUUUCUUCUAAAGCAAGCCUUAUUCAGCAUAAGAGAAUUCACACCGGGGAGAAGCCAUUUAAAUGCUCAGACUGUAGCAAGAGUUUUUCUGUUAAGGGAAGCCUUAUUCAGCAUAAGAGAAUUCACACAGGGGAGAAGCCAUAUAAAUGCUUGGAAUGUGGAAAGAGCUUUUCUUACCGUCAGCACCUAACUCUACACCAUAGGACUCACACAAAGGAGAAGCCAUAUAAAUGCUUGGAGUGUGGAAAAAGCUUCUCUGUGAAGUGCAGCCUGACCGUACAUCAGAGAAUUCAUACAGGGGAGACACCAUACAAAUGUUUGGAAUGUGGGAAGAGCUUCAGUCGGAAGGAUAGCCUUACUUUACAUCAGAAAAUUCACACAGGGUAAU